CGCACCAAGGAAGCUGUCUGAAUACUGGUUGAGUUGUGCUCUAUAUUGGUGGAUUUGCGCUCGUCUGCUGCAGAUUCGAGGUUCAGGCGAGAAAACGGCGUUUCCAAGAUGAAGAAAAUAGAAAACGCAGGAGAUUCCCUUCCCAGCGAAGAACAAGAUUCCUCCGCCAAUGAAAACCUACACCUGAAACGUGAGCUUGGGUUAAUCAGUGCGGUCUCCCUGAUCGCUGGCACGAUGAUAGGUUCUGGAAUCUUCAUGUCUCCUCAAUGGGUUUUGUUCUAUAUGGGAAGUCCUGGAGCCAGCCUGGUGAUAUGGGCUGCCUGCGGCGUGCUGGCCAUGCUGGGGGCUUUGUCCUAUGCUGAACUUGGAACCGUCAUUAAGGAGUCGGGAGGAGAGUACAUUUAUAUUUUAAGAAACGUUGGUUCGCUGCCCGCUUUUCUCUUGGCCUUUACCUCCGUCAUGGUGGUGAGGCCGGCUGGCAUCGCGGCAGUUUCUCUCAGUUUUGGGGAAUACGUGGUGGCAGCUUUCUACCAAGACUGCCCAUCACCCCAAGUAGCGAUAAAGUGCACCGCGGCUAUCUGCAUCCUCGUCCUAGGAAUAAUUAAUUGCCUCAACGUGAGAUUGGCCACCUCGAUUAUGAACUUUUUCACAGCGGCCAAGCUGUUAGUGCUGUUGCUUAUCAUUGUGGGUGGCAUAGUUCUUCUGAUCAAAGGGAACACUCAAGUCUUAGAGAAUGCCUUUGAAAAUACAGUGUCUGGUUUUGGACCUGUAGGAGUUGCUUUCUAUCAAGGACUUUGGUCAUACGAUGGAUGGAACAACCUUAAUUAUGUGACGGAGGAACUGAAAAAUCCUGAGGUCAACCUCCCUCGGGCUGUAAUGAUUGCCAUACCGCUAGUCACCUGUAUCUACCUCCUGGUGAACAUCAGUUACUUUGCUGCCAUGACACCCCGUGAACUUCUUUCAUCAGAUGCCGUGGCCAUCAGCUGGGGGGUGAAGGUCUUGGGGUUCUGGACAUGGAUAAUCUCUCUAGGGGUUGCUCUCUCUACGUUUGGAUCAGCAAAUGGAACUUUUUUUAGCGGCGGGAGAGUGUGCUAUGUCGCGGCACGAGAGGGGCACUUGCCAGAUGUUCUGUCGAUGGCCCACGUAAAACGGCUCACACCUUCCCCAGCGCUGAUAUUCACAUCUUUCAUCUCACUCAUAAUGAUAAUACCAGCAGAUUUCAGCAGUAUUGUCAACUUUUUCAGUUUCACAGCCUGGCUGUUCUAUGGGAUAACAAUUUCUGGGCUCCUGUACAUAAAGAUUAAGAAGCCGGACAUUCCCAGGCCUUAUAAGGUUCCGAUUAUUAUACCGAUCAUUGUGCUGAUCGCCGCUGUGUACCUAGUACUGGCUCCGAUCAUCGGCAGCCCCCAGCUGGAGUAUCUCUACGUCACCCUCUUCAUUCUCAGCGGGAUCAUUCUUUACAUCCCCGUGGUCCGCUACAAAUGGUCCCCCAAAUGGUUCAGAUCAAUUACUCUACAUCUUCAGCUCCUACUGGAAGUUGCCCCAACUGAAAAAAACUGCUGAGCUCAACAAAGUACGCAGUGGGGCCCCUGUGUUCGAAGCUUUUGUUAUUUUUGUCUCCUCUCGCCCCAUUCUCUCUUUGCCUUGGGGCAGAAGCAGAGGGAUCUGUGCCCCUCGCUGGAAGAUGUCCCUUAAUUCCUAAUUCCUAUUGGUCCACACGUGGCAUAUUCUAGCCUAGGCGUACUAUGUCUAGGAUGGCCAGAAAUGGCACAAAACCUGGACUGUGGUGGGUUUAUCUUCAAAAGUUAUGCUGCCCCUGGAUACAUCAUCACCAGGGCAUCCCCCAUCUGGUCGGACUACUCCCUGCAGAGAGCUGCUUUUAUUUUUUUUUUGUUUGCAGGGCGUUGGAGAAUUUUAUGAUAAACACUGUUGUAAAAUGACAGAAGAGAAUGGAAUAAUAUUUAUGUGAAUGUGUCAAACUGAUCUUGGUGUUGAAACGGCUCACAUCCGAGAGUGCGAAACCAUUAGCAGAGACACCGAGAACAUUGCGUACAUCUUUAAAGAACACGGUGACUGUGUUUAUACUGUAAAGCCGCGCGGAAGGAUGGGGAUUAGCAAUAUUAUUCAGAUUAUCUGCGAUUACAAAGCACCACUUUCAGAUUAAUAA